GCCAAAUCGGGUAUAGUUACGGUUUGGAGUGGCGAUCCAGCCAGCAGAAACAGAAAAAUCCCCCACUAUAUAAGAGCCGAAAUUGACAACACCAUCUGACAACAUCAUCACUACAACCCCCAACGUUUUCUCUCCAGCAAUCCGAGUACAUAUCAUUACAUAUAAAAUCCGGGAAAUCGUUACACUUUCAGUCAGGAACAGUUUAACAACAGUUCAAUAUGCCGAAGAAUAAGGGAAAGGGUGGUAAAAACCGACGCCGUGGAAAGAACGAGAAUGACAACGAGAAGCGAGAACUGACCUUCAAAGAGGAAGGACAAGAAUAUGCUCAGGUCGUCAAGAUGUUGGGUAACGGACGACUGGAAGCCCUCUGCUUCGAUGGCGAAAAACGACUCGCUCAUAUCCGUGGCAAACUCCGCAAGAAGGUCUGGAUUAACCAAGGAGACAUCAUUCUGCUAUCUCUACGAGAUUACCAAGACGAGAAGGGUGACGUUAUUCUCAAAUACAAUGCCGAUGAGGCUCGAAGUCUAAAAGCCUACGGCGAGUUGCCUGAGAGUGCGAAGAUUAACGAGACUGAUACCUAUGGCCAUGAGGAUAUUGACGACAACGUCGAGUUCGACGAAGACCGUGAUGGCAGCGAAGACGACAAGGACAUCGAUGUUGAUGAGAUCUAAUCUCUCCCAAAAAAUCUACCCUGAUCCGACGAGGCCGCGUUCCCUCUCUAUGCAUGUGUCUGGCUUCAACAGUCCCAAGGUGGACGGUUCUCUAUCCUUUGACGUUGCAGACAGCUCCUGUUGGAAACACUCCCGCUGCACUAUAGCCACUGUUACGUUGUAGGCAAACAUUCAGCGCCCCCCCAGCGCUCCUCAUCUCCAGGGAUAGAAAUCGGGCAUCUUCGGCUGAAGAAUUUCCGGUCAGAUAUUGCUAUCGACUAUCUUAAGAAUCCAUAUACCUAUAAAGCAAGGUUCGAGCCGAUCAUCGGACGGGACACCAGACAGGGCGAGUAUGGGCACUAUCAACCACAAGUCAGUCCAAUUGUUUUAUUCGCGGAUUAUUCUUUUUCCGAACUUCUCCCGCCUUACUCUUCCUCUUUAACGCGGCUUACGAUUGGACCGGCUUCAUUUUAAAUUAAUUUCACCCUCAUGGUUAUGAAAGACUUUUGCUUUUACUUACUGGCAUGCCUCCGUUAUUGCGUUUUUGCUUCUGUUUUUCUUCUGUUUUCCGUUUCUGCUUUUUGCACUUCUUGCCCUACUUUUUUUCCGUUGUGGUGGCUCUUGCGACAUUCCCAAUUUGGCAGUUUGAAAGCAUAGAUAAACCGAAAGCAAAAAUGAAGUAAUGAAAGACAAAAUUUAGGGUCGGCUAGAAAGGCGUAAAUGAAUUUUUUUCCUAAUCCGUAGGUUCAUGAUAUAGUAUUGAUAUGGGCUAUAUUUGGAAGCGGCCCAUCGCCAACCUUAUACAAUUCCAAACGAAGACAUGAUACGAUCUGUAGUGCACUUUAACUAAACCUAAGUGACUUCUACCUCGGCAUUAUAGCUAGUCGUAUGUGGGAAAGCAAGAAAUCGCCCACGCACCUAAUCAGCACUCUCCUCAUCAAAAACGUUUCUCCGAAAGAACCGCAAAACCUGCCUCCCAACCUCCUUCCCAACCAGCGGCUCCAACUCCUCCAUCUCCAUAUUCGCAAUUUGCUGUAAAUUCUCCGUCUCCAAAAUCAACCGCUCCGCUAGCUUCGGCGUCACCCCGGGAACAGCCUGUAACAUAUCCUGCGGUAGCUGGUUGAAGGCCCGAUGCUCAAUCCCCGCGGCUGACAUGAUACUGUUACCCGUACCUGCUGCGGUGGCAGCCGCGGCGGCAGCUGUAGAGGACGUGAUAUCAAAGUCUAGCCCGAUUUGCACGGCGCGAAUGGGGUCUGGUUCUGCAUUGUUCUUCUUCAGCUCGGCGAAUAUCUCUGCUGUUUGAAACGGGGCGGAGGACCAGAUGAUUUUCAGCCGUGGGAAGGCGAGCGUGAGUAGUGUGAGGAGGUGCUGGAUGGACUUUGGAUUUGUGGGGUUUAUCAGGUUGCUGGAUAGGCUUUCUGAGCUUGGCGUGCUUGUGGCGGAGGUGAAUGCGUCAAAAGUGAAUGAUUUGUUCUGGUCAAAUUCGAUUAGCAGUACUGGGGUUUUGUAGUGCUGGAGCAUUGUCUCGGCCUGAUUGUACAGGCGGCCGUUUUUCAGGGAGCUGAGCAAAUCACGGAUCGAUUUGCGCUCGACACAAAUCUCCGGGGUCAAGAUGUAGUCGCCAACUGUUAGUUGGCAGGGAACUACGACCAUGCUUCGUCCGUGGAGGAGGGAUGGGAGCGCGCUGCGAAAUUCACGCACAUCCACUACGACGGUGGGUGGGGCUGCUGUUGCGGCCAGUCGGCCUCCACCAGCGAUGCGGGUAUUGACUGUUCGAAGAAAUUGCUCUUGGGGAUCUUCGGCGCUUUUGUCGUGGUUUAUUGUUAGGGACAUGGACUGCGCAAGAACUUUGCAUUUAGUUCACUUAGAAAUAUUAUCAUGUAGAGCGCAAGGUGCAUACAUACCCCCUUUUCUUUGAUCAGUUUUGUGAACGCGUCCUUUUCCUUUCGGACAGCACUUAGAUAUCGCUGUUCCUCGACCGAACCUCCAUAAUAUAGAAAGUAAACCCUGACUUCCCGGUUCGUGUGAGAGCUUCGAUAGACUUCUACUCUGCGAAUGAAGGCUGCGUCCGGUUCGUACAUGAUUAUGUACCGUGGUUUGACUUCUUCAAGAACAUGGUCAUCCAUAUCGCCGUCGUAAGGGUAUACCAUCAAGAGAUCGUUCAUGUCAUAGAGUUGGUAGUAGUCUUCCAUAUCUUCAAGAUCGUCAUCCACGAUGCCAACCUGGAUGGUUUCUUCUUCCG